AUGGGUCGCACCCCAGGGAAGCGCGGCUUCGAGCAGGUCGAUCUCACCACCGACGAAGCCACCAACAACACACGACAUCAUCCCACUCCCCGCACCACCAUCAAUGGCCAACGCUUCGGCCAAGACACGACCUUCGUGCCCCUUAGCCAAUCAGGCGAGGACGAAGACGACGCCCAAGCAACAGAUCUCAUCCAAGGAAGCCAAGAUGCUGGCGAUGAUGCUUCCACAUACAUUCAUUAUGGGGACCUGAAAGCCAAGAUCGUCGGCGUGCGGUACUAUCGCGGACAUGCUACGAUCGGGGAGCAUGUUCGUAUUGUGCGCGACCCGGGGAACCCGUAUGAUUCGAAUGCUAUCCGCGUGGAUAAUGUCAUGGGGCAGCAGAUUGGCCAUAUUCCGCGGACGGUGGCGGCUAAGUUGGCGAAUCGGAUGGAAAUGGAUAAUUUGCCUCUUGGAGGGUUCAAGCAGAAUGAGCGCAAUGAGAAGAAACUAGAGAAGGAACGGGAGAAGGCAAGGAAGGAGGCGGCGAAGUUGGCGAGAUCGCUUGCCAAGGGCAAAGGGAAGCAGUUCCAGGGAGAGAAUGCAUUGGGCUAUUCGAAUCUCUUCACUGGGGAAGGGCUGGUUGAAGGUGAGAAUCUGGAGGAACUCAUUGGCCAGAGCAGCACUUUUAAUCCACGCGAUAUCGGCCAUGUCGCGGAGGACUUUGGCAUGAAGGAAUCCGAUUUGGAAAAUAUGCCGAUGGCGGAGUCUCCGGCUGCUUUGGCGACAGAACUUCUUCCGUAUCAGCGCCAGGGGCUUGCUUGGAUGAUUGCUAAGGAGAAUCCGAGUCUUCCUGGCGAUGGGGGUGAUGUCGUGCAGCUCUGGAAGAAGAAUGGUAACAAGUACACCAAUAUUGCUACCAAUUACUCUAUGACGCAGGCUCCGCCUCUUGCGAGCGGUGGUAUACUGGCUGAUGAUAUGGGAUUGGGAAAGACUAUUCAGAUCCUUUCCCUAAUAAGGUUCAAUUCUCAGCCCAAGACUCCGGAGUCCUCCAGAACCACACUGAUCGUGGCCCCGGUUGGUGUGAUGAGCAAUUGGCGAAACCAGGCGCUUGUUCAUACUCAUAGCGACAAAGCUCCGAAGGUGCUUAUAUACCAUGGGCAAGGGAAGAAGGAAGCAAGCAACCUUGACCAGUAUGAUGUCGUUGUUACGAGCUACGGUGCACUGGCCAUGGAGUACAGCCCGAAUGCCAAGGCACCUCCUAAGAAGGGUCUCUUUUCCAUCCAUUGGCGUCGUGUCGUUCUUGAUGAAGGGCAUACCAUCCGCAAUCCACGGUCAAAGGGUGCCCUGGCAGCUUGCAACCUGAGGGCGGGCUCACGAUGGACACUUACAGGAACGCCCAUUGUCAACACACUCAAGGACCUCUACUCGCAGGUGCGCUUUUUGAGACUCACCGGUGGCCUCGAGGAUUUGGCCGUCUUCAACAGUGUCCUGAUCCGGCCUCUAUUGUCCGGAGACCCUGAUUCCCGCCUGCUACUCCAAGCCCUGAUGACUACUAUCUGCCUACGUCGCAGAAAGGACAUGAACUUUGUGAACUUGCGCUUGCCGCCCCUCACUUCACGCAUCCUGCGCAUCAAGUUCCACACCCACGAGCAAGAGAAAUACGACAUGUUCCAAUCCGAGGCCAAGGGCAUGCUCCUGGACUUCAAAUUCAAAGACAAAUCUAACACCAACUACUCCCACCUUCUCGAAGUAAUUCUCCGUCUCCGGCAAGUCUGCAACCACUGGGCCCUCUGCAAGAACCGACUAGACAAGCUCGCCGACCUCCUCGAGAACAACAAAGUCGUCCCCCUUACACCCGAAAACAUCAAAGCCCUCCAAGAGAUGCUCCAAAUCCGCAUCGAAAGCCAAGACACCUGCCCCAUUUGUCUCGACAAUCUCGAACAGCCCGUAAUCACCGCCUGCGCACACGCCUUCGACCGACCUUGCAUCGAACAAGUCAUCGAACGCCAACAUAAAUGUCCCAUGUGCCGCGCCGAAAUUCAAGACACUACCACCCUGGUCUCUCCCGCCGUCGAAAUGGGCGAAAGCACCGACACUGUCGACGCCGACCCCGACAAUCCCAGCAGCAAAAUCGAAGCCUUGAUCAAGAUCCUCACAGCAAAGGGCCAAGCACAAGGGACCAAAACCGUCAUCUUCAGCCAAUGGACCUCCUUCCUCGACCUCAUCGAACCCCACCUUUUCCGCCACGGCAUCGGCUUCGCCCGCAUCGACGGCAAAAUGUCCUCCAUCAGUCGUGAUAACUCCACCCUGCGAUUCUCCACCGAUCCAUCAUGCACUGUCCUCCUCGCUAGCUUGAGCGUCUGCAGCGUUGGCUUGAACCUCGUGGCAGCUAACCAGGCUAUCCUGUGCGAUAGCUGGUGGGCUCCCGCCAUCGAAGACCAAGCUGUCGAUCGUGUAUACCGGCUGGGUCAGACACGCGAAACUACUGUGUGGAGACUUGUUAUGGAGGAUAGUAUUGAGGAUCGUGUGCUGGCUAUUCAGGAGAAUAAGCGGAAGUUGAUGCUCGAGGCGUUCAGGGAGACAGCGACGAGGAAAAAGGUGGAUGAUAGAGCGACGAGGGUGGCAGAUUUGGAGAAGUUGUUGAAGUAG